GCUGCUACAACAACGGGACUCUAUGAGCACAGCUCCGGCUCUGUGUCUGGUCAAGACCCACAUAUCUGUCCUUUGUCUGGUUGUUUCUGAGGCGGGCUUGUAACGGCUGCCUCAACUGGUGGACAAACACUCAGAGUGGGCGCUGGGAGAGUCAGUGACCCGGAAUGUGAGGUUUUAGGAGAAGGAAGCGGUGGAUCAUACUGAUGCGGAAUUUACGAGAAGAUCUCGAAGAGGAGAGUCAGGCCUACGUCGUCUUCUAUUAGGGCUCCUGUGAUCCUAAACCCAUAAACAUGGAGUUUGUAGUUAAGAAGAUACUGGGCAGAAAACUCACAGCUCCUCCAAGUUGACAGGUCCCUGCUACAUUUCCUCUGUCCAAUGGAAGCCAAAGGAUGCAGCCAGAGAUGGAAGAUGCACCUCCCAGAGUUUAAGCACAGCAGAAGAUGCUCAAGUCUGACGUCAAAAGACAGUGAAAGAGGCAAAACAGAAACAGAGAGAGACAGAGGACGGUCACACAAAAGUGUUUCUCUGGCGUCCACCUCCAGGUUUAUGACAGACAGACAGUAUGUGAUGAGGAAGCCUUUGUUCUCUGCAGAACAGCAUACAUCCAUCUUAAAGAAGACACAGGAGCACACACAGAAGGAGGAACUCUCAGGUGUUAACAGAAGAGAACAAACUGAUAUGAACUUCUCGACCAGACCAGAAGAAGAGCUGACCCCAGAGAGCUUCAGCCGUUCUCUCAGAGAUGUCUCACCUCCCUCAGCCUCCAGCGAAGACCUCGGCUCACCCUUGGGUGUCUCAGACCUCAGGGGCAGGCUUUACCACGAAAUAUCCACUUCUGGAUCACCUUUCUCUGCCAGCAGAUCAGCUCAGCGGAGCCUCUUCAGCUCCAUCCUGGAAGUCCAGAGACUAAACCCUCCUCAGAGACCACGACUGACCUCCACUGUCCUGAAUCCUACCUACAGCCCUCGCUCAGGGUACUCGAGGCCAGGCCAGAUGGAGGGGAGAGGUAGGGGAGAGACCAGACAAUGCUCUUCUGGAGGACACUCAAAAGGAGACUCCAUGUCUCCCUACCAGGCAGACUACUGGGCCUGUGCCAUCCCUAAAACCUUGCCUCCAUCUCCAGACAGGCUCUCUGCAGGCUGGGACCCUAACAGGGAGUACCAGGCUUUGCUGGACUACACCUACCCCCUAAGACCAGGACAGGUGGUCAGUGAGUGGGACAGCUCUGAGCUCCAGGGAGACUCUGAGCUCCAGGGAGACUCUCUCCUGCAAACAGACCUGCAGGACUCAGGGAUUGAACUGGACCAGCUUUGUAGCUCUACCAGCCUGUCAGGUUUGGACUUUUCUGUGAACGGUACAGGGCAAACCAGAGACAGAAGUCCUCUCUGUGUUGGUGAUAGGUCACCUGACCCGCCAGGGUUCACCAGAUCCUCAGAUGGUCUGCCCUCCAGUACCCCGCUCUCCCUACCAGACCCUGUGGGUUUGUCCUUGAACAGUUUGGACUGCAGUCCGGACAGAGGUGGACUGGAUCCUCACAUGAGUGGUGAUGAUCACCGUCAUCAGCACCGUGCACCAUCCUCCUUCACCUCCACCUGUCUCUUUCCUCGGCCCAGGCGUGUGUGUGGGGUGGUGGACGAGGAGUUCAGGCCUCUUCCAGAGCAGCUGGAGGAGCUGCAGCUGCUGUCCAGACAGGUGAGGGAGGUGACAGCCAAGCUGAGCCGGCCCAUCACAGCCAGCUGGGAGUCUCUGGAGCCCAGAGCCACCUCCAUCCUCUCCUCCAUCACCCUGCCUGAGAAACAGGAGGCCGAAGACGAAGACAAGGAGGGGGGCAGUCAAGACACAGCUGAGGGAAAAGAUGAGAUGGACAGAGAGGAGAGGAGCACUGUUCGAACAGCAGCUGGUCAUAGGGACUCUGAGGCAGUGAGGAGGACCUCUGGAGCCUUGGUGGAGCCUGUUGGAGGGGGACUGAGUCGGUCCAGUCUCAGGGAGGCGGAGGCUUUGGUGGAGCAGCUGCGUGGCCUCACCCUGCCUGGCAGCCAGGAAGACAGACAGCAAAGUGACUCUCUGAUGAAGCACAUCCAGGUCUUCUGUUCACAUCUGGAGCAGCUGAUCCAGCAGCUGUACACAGUGUCAGAGAAGAUGGAGGUGCUGGCUGCACCCACUGCAGACAUCGAAAGUGUGAAGUCGUCUCUGGCUGAGUAUCAGAGUUUUCAGAGAGCGGUGAGCAGCCAUCAGCCCCUGACCUCCUGUGUCCUGCACAGCGGACAUCUUCUGCUCAGCUGCAUCAACACCACGUCUCCACUUUUAAGAGACACCCUGCAGCUGAUCGAGAGGCAGUCUGGAGCUCUGCACACCUACACCGAACACCUGUUCUCCUCCAUCCUGUCAGCCAUGGACAGCCUGACCCAGCCCAGUCUGCCCAGUCCGGUCCAGCAGAGCAGAGAGGAGGACCCACGCCCUGUGGGGCUGCAGGGGUCCAUUUUGUAAACAGACUUCAGGACACGUCUGUGAUUUAUUUCACUUAUUUUUGGCCUCUGAUUGCUUACUUAUUAAAACCAAUUCUGGUCUUUGAUACAACAAUCUUAUUUAGGGAUUCUCAAAAAGCACAAGUGACUUUUUUUCUACAUGUUAGCAUGUUGGCUAUGAACGAUAACAAGCUGUGGAGCAAGAUGUCCAAAGAUGUUCAUGAAGGAAACAGGGUGUGAUGUCUAAAGUGAACUGAUCACAUUGACUAAUACAGGAAGUACUGUCUGAAGAAUUACAUGUUUUUAUCAUAAUAUUGCACUACUUUUUCUACUCAUACUCACUGUCACUGUUGUAUUUUACAAGACUUAACCCUCCUCUGAUCACUUGAAGUGCCUCUGUAGCCACAAUACUAGAAACACAUGAAGGAUGGUCAGAGUACUACACUGUGUCUGCUGUUACUGCUGCACAGGAAGAACAAACAACAGCUAAACCCUCUCUAAGUCUGACUGUGAGCAAUUCAGUCAAUGUACCAGCAAUUUAAACGCUUUUCUAAAUGGACUCACUGAAUUUGAAUUUAAAAAACUCAGUAAUAAUACAAAGGUCAUUGAACUGUUUUUAAGGGAACCUUAAGGAGAAGAGUUAAAGGUGUUUUGUACAACUGUUUUUAUUUCAAGGAAAUGUCAACUUGGACUUGGAACAGUUAGUGUGUUGGUCCAGCCCAGUUAUGCAGAUCAUACAGAGAGAGAUAAUGCAGCUUUUUACAUGAUGCAUUUAUCUCUCAUUUCUCCUUUUAAAGCCAGAGCUCUGACAUACAGCCACCAGCUGAGGCUGUGAUGGCGGUGGAGAUGGUUGUUGCUCCAGCUACAGCUGCUGCUGUGGUCGAAUCUGAUGCUGAUUUGAACCCGUGGUGCUUCUGUCAGAUAUGACAGAUGACAGAUGUUACCACCAUGAGUUGAAGAAUACAGUAGCUUCAAUAUAAUGGUCAUCCAGCACAGCCACACCAAUCCCUUAAACUACCUGUACACCUAAAAUACAGUGGCAAGCAAGAAACACACAACACAGCAUCAGUCAGUGUUCCCCACAGUGUGUCAUACAAGCAGUGGCAGCGCAAAAUUCAACCAGAAAUUCAUUGUCCCAGUCAACCCAACACUAGAGUCAGUCUCUCAGUCAGAGUCAGGUUUCCUGCUCAGUCAGAGGUUUCUUGGUCUCUCUGAAGUGUGUCAGAGAAACCCCCUGUCAAUGUUAAACUAAGAAACUAUAAACUAAUGUGUCACAGCCAGAAUCGUAACAGAGCAUCUGUAGUCAUAAUCACAGCUACAGUCUCAUCAGUUGGACUCAGCUCCACUGAAAAGCAGCAACUUUUUAACUGUUAAGUUUCAUUUAGUGACUGAAUCAUCAGGUCGUCAUUUAAAGACAAAGCAAGGAGACAGAAUUAGUCAUUUUAAUAUAUUUUUUUACUUCACAUUUAUUGAUGUCAUGUCAAGUCAAUUUUUAUUUGUAUAGCACCAAUUUUACAACAGAAGUUAUCUCAAGGCGUUUUCCAAAUAGAACAGGUCUAGACCUUCACUUUAUAAUAUUACUUACAGACCCAACAAUUCCCACCAAGAGCUGCACUAGGCGACAGUGGCAAGGAAAGUCUUCCUUUUAAGAGGCAGAAACCCCAACAGAACUGGACUCAGGGUGGGCGGAGCCAUCUGCCCUCGACCGGUUGGGUUCAUAAAUGAUGCAUCAUUUAUGAAUAAAGUGAACCAAUAUCUAAUAGCUGUUUUGAAGAAGGUCAAUUCCUGGCACAAUAGUGAGAUGUCAGAAAG